ACUAUUGGCAUCGCUCACUGUCUCCAUCGUCUUCUGAUUUUCCUCCGAAUCGGAGAAGAAAGGCAACCAAAUCAUGGUCCUUCGAAUUCGUGGUUUUCUGAUUCUUCCCGGCGCUCCUUACGCGUACUGCAGCCUGAUGGUGCGGCGCUCUCGAUUGAUUCCAUGGUCUGAUCUUCCGCGAAUCGCAAUCCGACGGUGGCGAUGGCGUCGAUGCAGAACCAAUCGGCGAAUGUGGAUCUCUUCAAUGCGUAUUUCCUACGGGCCGAUUUGGACCGCGAUGGCCGGAUUAGUGGCAAUGAAACCGUCGCUCUCUUCCAGGGCUCUGGUCUCCCAAACAGGCUUUCAACAACAGCAACUGAUGCCUGGUCUUGGUGCUCGGCACAUGGCACCCCCAGCUGGAGGAAGGCCACCGAAGACAGUUGCUCCUUCUCAUGCUGAGGAAAAGCAGCAGGCCAAUUAGCGGAAACCCAGAGUACCAGAAUUGGAGAAACAUCUUGUAGAUCAACUGAGUACAGAGGAGGUUAACUCACUGAACUCAAAGUUCAAAGAAGCAACCGAAGCUGAUAAAAAGGUACUUAGAACUUUAAUGUUUCCCCAAUUUUCUCAUCUUGAGCAGCGAAGUUUUGUGUGCAUGUUACUUCCUGAUAAGUGUUGAAUCAUAACAAAUAUCCCGGAGACUUGAAGAAAGAAAUCUUGGAUGCUAGUGAGAAAUUGAAUAUUUCCGGGUCAAAAUGCAGUUCGGCCAUCAAACUUGUAAUGUAUUUCUUUUUUAUUUCAUUUCUUUGUGUAUGCAUCUCGCUUUUUCUUCAUUCUUUUUUCCUUUAGCUUGUAGCGCGACGUAUAAUUUUUCUCCUUAAUUUUGGAACUUCCUAGUCCUAUUGAAGCAAAGAGCACUAUAGUUUUAUCGUUGUUACAAAUUCGAUGAUUGUAUUAUUAAACUGGAGAUGUGCCUUUCUU